AUGAUCCUUUUUUCAGCGUGCUGCAUCUGCGGUCUGAUUGCUGGGAUUCUCAACUUCCAGUUUGUCCGGGCGCUGAACAAACGGCCGAACUCAUUGCAAUCCAUCCACUUGGCUGCCAUGACACUGGCAUGUCUCGGGAUCUCAUCUUGUACCUUAUCCACAUGGCUUACGUGUCGACUGGCCAGCUCUGAGCAGCAGAGGAUGUUCAUGGAGAGGGAACACUCACUGCACCACUCGCAUGAGAUGGCCGAAAAGGAGAUUCUUGACAACUCCAGUAACGGUAUUGCUCAGGUCUCCUACAACGGACACACUGCAGCAUCGCCUUGA